AUGACACUCAAGCUCGACGCUCCCGGCGUCAACGAGCCCGAGUUGGCGCGGACGGCGGCGCCCCACGAGGUCUACCUCUCUUCCGAGGAGGACGGAUCCUCGUCCGCCGACGACUUCUCCGACUACGACUUUGACUCGGAGAGCGAGAUGGAUCCCGCCAACGCAACGACGGCGACGAGGAAGAGGAGCUACGAAGACAUUGCCAAGAUGGUGUCCGUCGUCUACUCGGGCAAGCCCACCGUCGUGCAAAUCACGACGACCAAGAGGUCCGCCACCCCUAGCUCGUCCUCCUCGUCCUCCACCUCCAGCCCCUCCUCGACCCCUUCCUCCGCCGCCGUCUCCCGCAUGUCGAGCCCCAACCUGGGCCGCCGGCAAUCCAGCUACACCCAGAGCUACUACCACCACCCUCCCCGCACCACCAGCCUCGCCCUCGAGGGCUUCACCCUCCACGCCAACUCCAGCCAGCCCGCCUUCCUCGGCAUCGACCCCUUCGCCGACGUCACCCCCGAGGAGGCCGAGGCCGGCCACACCUCCGCCUCGGGCCGGUCCCCUUCCGCCGUCUUCAAGAAGACGCUGGGCCUCGUCAAGAAGCGCAGCCGCCCGCUCCUCGUCACCACGCUCGGCAACUCGUCGCAGGCCCGCCUCGAUCUUGUCUCCUCCCCUUCGUCCUCGGCCCGGGACAACGCCAACGAGUCCCGUCCCGAAACGCCCGUCACUCCCUGA